AUGAAGCCAUUUGGAUCAACUAUGAGGCCGGAACUUAUUUUCUACCGAGACAUGUCCGCCAGCACCGGCCAGAGACGUUCCUCCCCCAAUCCGAACGCGCCCGAUGCAGCUGAGCCGCUACAGCCACCUCUUAACCCGCCGCGACCACCACCGGCGUUUGCAAAUGGACAUCAUCGUCACGGUGACAACCAAGGGAUGCCUCAAGACCAACCUCACGCACCUCCAAGGAGAGUGCCAAACGCGCAGCAUCCAAGGCACCAAACUAUGGGAGACUUUGAUUCUUCCGAUGCUUUCUUUAUGGAUCGGAAUCCAAUCCGACCGCCUCUACCUCCAAGGAACGAUUUUGAGAUCAAACCGCAGAUCAUUGCCUUGGUGAAGCAAAACCAAUUCCAUGGUUUGCCCACUGAGCAUCCUCUUGAUCACGUCGACACCUUUGAGGAGAUAUGUAGCACAACUCGUGUUAAUGGAGUAUCACCGGAUUACUUCAAGUGCAAGCUAUUCACUUUUUCUCUAAGUGACAAGGCGCUAAGAUGGGUAAAAUCUUUACCACCUCAGUCCAUUACAACAUGGAAUGAAUACAAGGGAGCUUUCUUGAACCAAUUCUACACUAAGCAAAGAUCCAACUCUAUAAGGAGCAAGAUUUCUGGUUUCAAGCAAGAUUCAAUGGAGUCAUUCUAUGAAGCUUUGGAGAGAUUCAAGGACUUUCUCUCGAUACCGCGAGCAAUGGUAACUUUCAUGACCAAGUCGGUGCCGGAGGCAAAGCUUUUGAUUGAGAAUCUCGCUGCUAGUGAUGCCAAUGCAUGCCCUGACUACAAUAGAAGCGUGAAGACCACGAGCUCAUCAGAAUCAGCUCAAAUCUCGGAGCUAAGGAACAUGGUCUCACAACUACUUAAAAGCCGGCAAGGAGUUCACGCCAUUGAAGAUGCCCUAGCCACAAAUGAAGACACUCUUAUGGAUUUCAUGAGAGAUGGCACUGAAGAGAAUCUAGAGGAAGUCAACUACAUUGGAGGAAACUAUGGGAAUAGAGGAUUCAAUCCACCAUUUCGCGCGCAUCCAAACCUAUCAUACCGGAGCAACAAUGUGUAA